CUUGAGAGGUCGCGCGGAUCGUUUAAUGGUGUGACAAAAAUGCAGAGUUUACAGAAUAUAUCUCAAGUUCACUCUACUGCAGGUGCAGUACCUGUUAAAAAUGAAAAAGGUCAAUUUUAUAUGGUUAAGGUGAAAGUUCAGCGCUAUGUCGCCGGGAAGAAACCUGAUUUUGCUUCAAGCUCAAGUUCUGAAUCAGAAGAAGAACCAACUGUCAAUGAUACCGAAGAAAUCAAAGCUUUCUCAUCGCGGCCCGGGUUACUCAGGGACCGUUUCAGAGGUCAGGAAAACGUCAAGUCAACAAAUGACAGUGCUGAUCAACCAACCGCUGAAGAGCUGGCUGACCCUAGAUUCAGAAGACUUUUAAGAGCCAAGGAUCAACUGUGCCAAAGCAGUGAGGAGGAAGAGGAGAUUGAUAGGGUCACUCGUCACAAGAAGUACAGAAAAUCUGGUCAUUAUAGUGAAGAAAGUCCUCAGAAUUCUAAUGGGGAAGACGCUGAUGAAGAAGAUGUGGAUGAAUCAGAACUAAUGAGGAGGCGCGAACUUAUUCGUAAGAAAGCAUUAGCUGCUCAAAUAAAUGCCGAGGCAGAGAAACAUGGUGGAGAUGGGCGUAACGACGCUGUCCAUGAAGAUCUGGAAGCGGAAGAUGAAUUGGGUUAUUCAGAAGAGGAAUAUACAAGUUCAGAUGAUGAAGUUGCUCCUAAAUUAAAACCAGUCUUUGUACGUGCACGCGAUCGAAUAACGUUACAAGCCAAACAUAAAGCAGAGCAACUCGCUCAGGAGACUGAAGCAGAAGUAAAACGACUUGCAGAAGAGCGCCGUAGAACAACACUUAAGCUACUAGAAACAGAGUUACGCCGUGAAGCUGAAGAGGCCCACGCAUUAGAAGAUGCUCUUGAUGCAAUAGAUUCUGAUGAAGGUCAAGGCAAUCCUCAAGCUGAACAAGAAGAAUAUGAGAAAUGGAAAGUUAGGGAACUGAAACGUAUUCGAAGAGAUCGCGAAAUUCGAGAGGCAGCACUGCAAGAAAAGGCUGAAAUUGAACGAAUACGUAAUAUGACUGAUGAACAGCGACGUGAAGAAUUCAUAAGAAAUCCAAAAGUUAUCACAAACAAGACAACCAAGGGCAAAUAUAAAUUUUUACAGAAGUACUUUCACCGAGGAGCUUUCUAUGUUACUUCAUUGGAGGACAAAGUGUUUCAACAAGACUUUACACAGCCUACUCUGGAAGAUCAUUUCGACAAAACCAAGUUGCCUAGUGUUAUGCAGGUUAAGAACUUUGGUCGUGCUGGUCGGACUAAAUAUACACAUUUGGUUGAUCAAGACACAACUGUAUUCGAUUCACCGUGGUCAACAACCAAUCCACAAAAUAUGAAGUUCCAAUCAACUCAUGGCGGUGGAUUUAAACAAAUAUUCUCUAAACCAGGUUUAUCAAAACAGAAAAAGAAGACAUGAUAGCAUCUUGAAUAUGAUAAUAUGUAUAUAUUUAGCAGAACAAAUAAAAUUUUUUUUAUUUAUUUCGAAUUUUCACCUGUUUACAAACAUACACAUUUAAUACGAAUAAACAAUUAUGUUUACUUAAAAAUCCAUGUUUGGUAAUUGUUUUGCCGAUUAUGUACAUUUUAUUCCAUUUUAAUAGUUUUAUUGCUCAACUUGUCCAGGUUAUGAUUAUUAAUUCGAAUCCCAUUUUACAUUGAUUUUUAUA